GGUGAGCAACGUGCGUACUAUAUAAGCAUCAUAUUGAAGCAUAAUCUAUCAAACAAGGUCUCCUAAAGUAAUAGGGAAAAGAGCUAAGUGGCUAGACCUGCUAGUAGUUCUUGUAAUUAAAAAUCAGGUUCUCAAAGUAACGAUCUAUCUCUAAUCAGAUACAACAUGCAGAUCUUCGUCAAGACUUUAACUGGCAAAACCAUCACCCUCGACGUCGAAGCCGUCGAUACCAUUCAAAACAUCAAGGGCAAGAUCGAGGAUAAGGAAGGUAUCCCCCCAGAUCAGCAGCGCCUGAUCUUCGCUGGCAAGCAACUUGAAGACGGCCGCGCUUUGUCGGACUACAAUAUCCAGAAGGGAUCCACGCUGCAUCUGGUCCUGCGCCUCCGAGGUGGAAUGCAAAUAUUCGUCAAGAUGUUAACCGGCAGAUGCAUGGCUAUUGAUACCGAGCCAGAGGACACAGUCGAAGUCCUGAAGGGAAAGGUUUCGGAAAGACUAGAGGAAAUCCCGCCAAACCAACAGCGCUUGAUCUUCGCCGGUAAACAGCUAGAAGACGGUCGCACCCUUGCCGAAUACAGCAUUAUCAAAGGAUCGACCCUGCACUUGGUGCUGCGGCUAAAGGGUGGGAUGCAAAUAUUCGUAAAGACGCUGACUGGCAAAACCAUCACCCUCGAGGUUGAGCCAUCUGAUACAAUUGAAAAUGUAAAAGCCAAAAUCCAGGACAAGGAAGGAAUUCCUCCAGAUCAACAGCGUCUGAUUUUCGCUGGCAAGCAACUGGAAGAUGGUCGCACUCUUUCGGACUACAACAUCCAGAAAGAGAGCACUCUUCAUCUGGUUCUCCGUCUGCGAGGAGGAAUGCAAAUUUUCGUAAAAACAUUGACUGGUAAAACCAUUACCCUUGAAGUUGAACCUUCGGACACUAUUGAAAACGUUAAAGCCAAGAUUCAGGACAAGGAAGGAAUUCCCCCAGAUCAACAGCGUCUAAUCUUUGCUGGCAAGCAGCUGGAGGAUGGUCGUACUUUGUCGGACUACAAUAUUCAAAAAGAGAGCACAUUGCAUUUGGUUCUCCGUCUUCGUGGAGGAAUGCAGAUUUUCGUGAAAACAUUGACUGGUAAAACCAUUACCCUUGAAGUUGAACCUUCGGACACUAUUGAAAACGUUAAAGCCAAGAUUCAGGACAAGGAAGGAAUUCCCCCAGAUCAACAGCGUCUAAUCUUUGCUGGCAAGCAGCUGGAGGAUGGUCGUACUUUGUCGGACUACAAUAUUCAAAAAGAGAGCACAUUGCAUUUGGUUCUUCGUCUUCGUGGAGGAAUGCAGAUUUUCGUGAAAACAUUGACUGGUAAAACCAUUACCCUUGAAGUUGAACCUUCGGACACUAUUGAAAACGUUAAAGCCAAGAUUCAGGACAAGGAAGGCAUUCCCCCAGAUCAACAGCGUCUGAUUUUUGCUGGUAAACAGCUGGAGGAUGGUCGCACUCUGUCGGACUACAACAUCCAGAAAGAAAGCACUCUCCAUCUGGUUCUCCGUCUUCGAGGAGGAAUGCAAAUUUUCGUAAAAACUCUGACUGGGAAAACCAUUACCCUUGAAGUUGAACCUUCGGAUACUAUUGAAAACGUUAAAGCCAAGAUUCAGGAUAAGGAAGGAAUUCCCCCAGAUCAACAGCGUCUAAUCUUUGCUGGCAAGCAGCUGGAGGAUGGUCGUACUUUGUCGGACUACAAUAUUCAAAAAGAGAGCACAUUGCAUUUGGUUCUCCGUCUUCGUGGAGGAAUGCAGAUUUUCGUGAAAACAUUGACUGGUAAAACCAUUACCCUUGAAGUUGAACCUUCGGACACUAUUGAAAACGUUAAAGCCAAGAUUCAGGACAAGGAAGGAAUUCCCCCAGAUCAACAGCGUCUAAUCUUUGCUGGCAAGCAGCUGGAGGAUGGUCGUACUUUGUCGGACUACAAUAUUCAAAAAGAGAGCACAUUGCAUUUGGUUCUCCGUCUUCGUGGAGGAAUGCAGAUUUUCGUGAAAACAUUGACUGGUAAAACCAUUACCCUUGAAGUUGAACCUUCGGACACUAUUGAAAACGUUAAAGCCAAGAUUCAGGACAAGGAAGGCAUUCCCCCAGAUCAACAACGUCUGAUUUUCGCCGGUAAACAACUGGAAGAUGGUCGUACUUUGUCCGACUACAACAUUCAAAAGGAGAGCACUCUUCAUUUGGUCCUCCGUCUUCGUGGAGGAAUGCAAAUUUUCGUGAAAACAUUAACUGGUAAAACCAUUACCCUCGAGGUUGAACCAUCCGAUACAAUUGAAAAUGUGAAGGCUAAAAUUCAGGAUAAGGAAGGUAUUCCCCCAGAUCAACAACGUCUGAUUUUCGCCGGUAAACAACUGGAAGAUGGUCGUACUUUGUCCGACUACAACAUCCAAAAAGAGAGCACAUUGCAUUUGGUUCUCCGUCUGCGAGGAGGAAUGCAGAUUUUCGUGAAAACAUUGACUGGUAAAACCAUUACCCUUGAAGUUGAACCUUCGGACACUAUUGAAAACGUUAAAGCCAAGAUUCAGGACAAGGAAGGAAUUCCCCCAGAUCAACAGCGUCUAAUCUUUGCUGGCAAGCAGCUGGAGGAUGGUCGUACUUUGUCGGACUACAAUAUUCAAAAAGAGAGCACAUUGCAUUUGGUUCUCCGUCUUCGUGGAGGAAUGCAGAUUUUCGUGAAAACAUUGACUGGUAAAACCAUUACCCUUGAAGUUGAACCUUCGGACACUAUUGAAAACGUUAAAGCCAAGAUUCAGGAUAAGGAAGGCAUUCCCCCAGAUCAACAGCGUCUGAUUUUUGCUGGUAAACAGCUGGAGGAUGGUCGCACUCUGUCGGACUACAACAUCCAGAAAGAAAGCACUCUCCAUCUGGUUCUCCGUCUUCGAGGAGGAAUGCAAAUUUUCGUAAAAACUCUGACUGGGAAAACCAUUACCCUUGAAGUUGAACCUUCGGAUACUAUUGAAAACGUUAAAGCCAAGAUUCAGGACAAGGAAGGAAUUCCCCCAGAUCAACAACGUCUGAUCUUUGCUGGUAAGCAGCUCGAAGAUGGUCGUACUUUGUCCGACUACAACAUUCAAAAGGAGAGCACAUUGCAUCUGGUACUCCGUCUACGAGGAGGAAUGCAGAUUUUCGUUAAAACUUUGACUGGAAAAACCAUUACCCUUGAAGUUGAACCUUCGGACACUAUUGAAAACGUUAAAGCCAAGAUUCAGGAUAAGGAAGGCAUUCCCCCAGAUCAACAGCGUCUGAUUUUUGCUGGUAAACAGCUGGAGGAUGGUCGUACUUUGUCCGACUACAACAUUCAGAAAGAAAGUACCCUGCAUUUAGUAUUGCGAUUGAGAGGUGGACAGUAAUUCAUAUGUCUAGUGCAAAUAAAUGACUAUUAAAAACUAA